CCGAUAAAAAAUAUAGUUCAAGACAUAUAGUCGAAGAGGUUUCAACAAAUAUUUCCUAAAUAAAUUUAGUAAAUAGACUAUAGCCCUCUAACCCCUCUCUAAUAAUCAUGAUUAUGAUCUUUCGAAUUAAAAUUUUUUGAACUCCUAUCAUUAUCCCAAGUCGGUUGACGCUGCCGCCGCCGCCGACUACCCACAGCCCCAAUUUUACACUCAUACUUACCACAUCCGUUACUCUAACUCCACAAGGCGACUCCUGCCGCCGCCGCCGCGACCCUUUCCCGGUCAAAUUUCCCAGCGCGUUCAAAAUGAACAAUCCCCAUGCGUUGAAUCAAGUUCAACCCCCUCAAUAUUAAAUUAUUGAUUAAUUUAUUAGGGGGGAAAAAAAAAAAAACUCCCCACCAUUUCCCCGCUUUCCCCCCACGUCCCCCUUCUCCCCCCUCUUUCCAAGCAACCUCUCACUCCUCAAUCCUUCCCCCACUUGGCCACUUUCCCAAUUCCACAAUAUAAAUCCCUAAUCCCCACCCCCAAUUCCACCAUCACCGCACUAAACAAUUCUCAAUCCAUCUCCAAAUUCAACCUAACAAUCAUUUCUCCUCCGCCGCAAUGACCAAGAUAUUAUCAACUCCUCCACCCCCGCCGCCGAUCGUAAUCAGGGAAGUCUGGGCGUCCAACCUGGAGGCCGAAUUCGACCUCAUCCGCGACGCCAUCGACGACUUCCCUUUCAUCUCCAUGGACACCGAGUUCCCCGGCGUCGUCUUCCGCCCUCUUCCUCCACCCGCAAUCCACCGGACCAAGCCGUUCUACCAGCAGCGGAGGAAUCCCUCCGACCACUACGAGAUCCUCAAAUCCAACGUCGACGCGCUCAAUCUCAUCCAGGUCGGCCUCACCCUCUCCGAUUCUGACGGCAACCUGCCGGAUCUGGGCACCGGAGGGAGGCAGAGGUUCAUCUGGGAGUUCAACUUCAGGGACUUCGACGUGGAGCGUGACUCCCACGCGCCGGACUCCAUCGAGCUGCUGCGGCGGCAGGGGAUCGAUUUCGCGAGGAAUAAGGUCGAAGGGGUGGAAUCGGGUCGGUUCGCGGAGCUGAUGAUGUCGUCCGGGCUGGUCUGCAACGAGGCGGUGAGCUGGGUGACGUUCCACAGCGCGUACGAUUUCGGGUACCUGGUCAAGAUCUUGACCCGGAGGUCGCUGCCCGGCGGGUUGGAGCAGUUCUUGGGCCUGUUGCGGGUGUUUUUUGGGCGGCGGGUUUACGACGUGAAGCACAUGAUGAGGUUCUGUGAUAGCUUGUAUGGUGGGCUGGACCGGGUGGCCCGCACGCUGGAAGUGGAUCGGGCCGUGGGGAAGUGUCACCAGGCCGGGUCGGAUAGCUUGCUGACGUGGCACGCGUUCCAGAAGAUGAGGGAUGUGUUCUUCCUAAAGGAUGGGCCUGAAAAGCAUGCGGGCGUCUUGUAUGGGCUGGAGGCCUUUUGAUAUAGAUAUAUAUAUAUAUAUACACAGUUAAAUUGAUAAAUUAAUUAAUUUCAUUCGUUGAAGGUUUUAAGAGUUUUGUAAAUUGUGGUGGUGUAGUUACGAAAAUCUACGAUAAUUCAUUUUGCGGUGAAAAGCUUGGCUUCCCCUUCUGGUCAGUUGUCACAUAGUUUCCCAAACUAUAAACACAUAUCUCAAAUCUUAAUGGGCUGGUUGUGCAACGUACAAAAAAGCCCAAGCACGGGUGACUAGUUGCAUAAGGCUAGAAGAAGAAUAGGAAGAAGAAAGAUUGUCGCGAGAGGAAAGAGAGAAUGUAGGGUUUUAGGUAUUAAUAGUGGUAAUAAUUUAGUGUGGUUAAAUUUUUCGUUCAAAAAUACCCUUAGGAGUUGUUUGGAUGAGUUAUGAAUUAGGGUGUGGUAUUUGUGAACAAAUAACUCAUUUUUUUUAUCAAUUGGGUAUUUGUGUGGUAUUGAAGUGUUAUUUGUGUUAACAUAUCUUGUUUGGCUGGAAGAGUUAUUUGGAGUGUGUUAUUCAACAACAUAAUCUUAAAUUACAAAUAUAUCCUUGUCCCUACCCUUCUUCCCUACCAUUCUUUUCAACCGACAAACAACAACCAUGGAUGCCAAUUGCCAAGAACAAGACCAUUACCCUUCCUUGCAUGACUUUUUUUCAACAGACACACAAUAGUCAUGGAUGCCAGGACCUCUUUAUGCAAGAAUAGAAAUCGAAGAGACAAAUAUAAGCCACAUUCAAUUCCCAGCAAACAUAAGCCGCCGACCCGCCAUCAUCAUCGUUCGCUGCCUCCGUCGCUAUCAGAACAGAGCAGGCCCAGAUGGCGGUUCGCUAUUGCUUUUCCCGGUGCUUCAACGUUGCUUCUCCCCUUCUCUUUCGAUGGCGCUCUAGACGCAGAAAUCGACACAAAUCUGAAACCUCAACCAUGGCGGAUUCUCUCCUAAGUCUCUCUCUACUAAACCAAUCGUGUGGUUCAGAGGUUCAAUUGAAGCAGAAAAAAUCAACAAUUUUUUUAUUAAUGAAAGCAAGCAACAAAUCAAAGAGAGAAAGAUGAGAGUUCGCUGGGAAAUAUGAAAGGGGAUCUGCAAAUGGAAAUGAAGAAGAGCGAGGAGAGAGGAGCAUAAAAGAGGGGGGGGGGGGGGGGGGGGGGGGGAAAGAAAGAGAUGAAAGAGGCAGGGUCAGAAAGGGGAACAAAAAACGCGUUAUGCGUUAUUUCUAAAUAACUGGGGAGGUGGGUGGUAUUGAUAAUAACGCAUUUUGCGUUAUUUGAGAAUAACUCGGCCCAAAUAACUCAUCUCAGUUUUGUGGAGCCAAACGGAUUAUUUGGAUUCAAAUAACUCAUUGUGAGUUAUUUAAACCCAAAUAACUCAUCUAAAAAAUCCAUCCAAACGACCCCUUAAUUCAAUAUGUACCAUUGAUUUAAAAAAAAAGAAAAAAAAAAGACAAUAGAGAGAAUGGAUGGUGUUGACUCCAACUAGAGAGGUCCUUAUGGCUGGUGGAUUUCAGUUCCCGAGCAUUGAUGAUCCCAUGGUGGUAGAGGUGUUGGUGCUCCGGGAAGCUGUCAUGUGGUGUCAGGCUCAGGGUAUAGUGGAGGUGUGUUUUGAGGGGGAUGCCAAGGUCAUUAUUGACAAAAUCAACCAUGCGGAUGCUAGUGAUAGUCGGAUUGGUGCUAUUCUUGCUGAAAUUAUUCAUCACUUGGCGGAUCGCUCAGGGUUUAGCGUUAGAUUUGUAGGUCAGCGUAGCAAUAGGGUAGCCCACUAGGUGGCUCGUAAGGCUCUCUCUUUGUACCCGACUGCGAGUCGUUUCUUUGAUUUUCAGGCCUGGCUGCUAUCCAUAAUGUAACUUUCUUGGGUUUUGAUCAAUGAAGAUUAUCUUUUGUCAAAAAACAAAAGAUCCUAUGGUUAUAAAAUGGGUUGUCAAUCUCACAACCCGCUAAUAAAGUUAUCACCGUAUC